UGUAAACACAGAUGAAGUUUUGUUUGUCAUCACCACCCACCUCUGGCUGCGCAGCCCAGUAAUUAACAGGGACUGGGGACGCCUGAUAUAGAGGACACAUUCAUUCCAGUAACUUUCUCUCAAAGAUUCUGAAAAUUUCGAUAGUUUUCAUAAUUGUAUUAGUUUCUUUCUCACCAUUUAGUGCAGCUAUUUUAACGUCAGUCAUGCCUUUUGUUUUUGAUGCAUAUGAGUGUGUUUUAAACUAAUGCAUGCACUUUUUUUUCCUCUUUCAUUUACUUCUUUUAUCUUUGAUUCUUUGUUUUUUUUUUUUUCAGAAAUUUUCCUAAGCGUCCUCAUCUCUUUUAUCCUCCUAGUUCUUAAUUAUUUGCUCUUGCAGACAAACCUACCUACUCUCUCCUCCCAUCUCUUUACAUUUUUGAAAUUUAAUUUGUCAUUUUUCCCUCUUAAAUAUUUUCCAUUAUCUUCUUUGCUAAUCUAUGCCCUUUUCUUUUCUUUGAGGUCCUUUAUUUCGCCCUUUUUGAUGAUAGUAAUUUGUUCAUCUUUACAAUACUUGUUGAAGGCAUAGUAUGUGCUCGGAACUGUGACAGAUGCUAGGAAUGUAGUGAUGAACACAAAAAGGUUCUCUGACAUAACACCUUUUAAGGACAGAAAUAAUUAAGCUGUACAUACAAUACAAUGUGAUAAGAGCCAUGGUGGAAUGAAAAGUUUUGAGCUGUCACGGGGGAUCUGGAAGCACACAGAAGAGACCUCAACCAGAAUUGGGUUGAAGAAUUCCUGCAUGUGGAUUAGUUAGGCAAAGAAGAGGUGAUGAAGGCAGAAUUUUUCUAGGCAGAGAAGGCCCAGGAGAGAGAGAGAGACAGUGGAUGUACUCAGGUCCGUUUAUUAGUAUUGAAACUGUUUCAGUGUAACUGGAUGUAUAUUUGUGUUACUUCCUGUACAGCUACAAAAGCUUUGGAGGUUUCUGUUUAUUUUUAUGUUUUACCUCUGCUAAAAAAUAAGAGUUCUCUGUUCUACUCGCAUAACAACUUCCUGCAUGCCAUAAUUCAGCUGGUGGAUAAUCGGUACUUUAUACCUGUUGUUGACUAAUUUUAGGUGCCUGGGGCAGGUAUGUUAAUACAUUUCCAUUUUUGUCAUAAUGAAUGAGGAUUGAUAUAUGUAUUUCUCUUCUUAUGGGGAAGUCAGAAUGUGAUGAUUAUAGUGUUUUAUUGUCAAACAUUCAAUUUCAGGUCACUUUUGGUGAAGUAUGAGCUUGGUGUGUGUGUUACACUAUGCAAUUGUACUAGGCAAAGGACUGCUUUAUUUUAGACCAAACCACAACCUGGAUUUUAAAUCUGACGUUCAUAACAUGUUGCUAAAAUGGGCCUUAGAUAGUAAAUGGUCAGCUCAUUUUACAGAUGGAGAAACUGAGACCUGGAGAGGUUAAUGAAGGACAGAACUAACUGUGAUGAGGACUUGGGUGUGUGUGAUGUUUGUUUUUAUUCUGAAACUUUUGAGAAUAACUAUUCUACUUGUUUACCAUUUCUGUUUUUUAUAUAAUUUAUAUAAUCAUUUUUCAUUACUAAGCUGGAAAACAUGAUGGAUAGAUUAUUUUUACAUUGAAAAUUAAAAAAAAACUAGAGGUUUGAGCCUGAGAUUUUUUUUUAAACUAAUCUGACCAAGAUGAAAAAUCAAGGAAUUCUAAAGGAAGGAAAUACAGAUUGUUUUUUACUCUAGAUGUCUUAUGGGAGACAGAGAUGAAAUAAAUUGACUUAUUUUUGUCAUCUACUUCCUCUCUUGUAAACAAAUAAAGAUAAAUCUCCAGUGUGUUGCUCAUCUUUGCUAGGGAUGGGUGUUUUGUUUGAGGCAGAACAGUUGAACUUGAUACUCUGUUUUUGUUGAAAAGGCAAUGUAAAUAUCAGCAUCCUUCUUUUACCAGUGAGGACUUUGAGGCACUGUAAGAGUGGAUGGACUCAAUUCUUUAAGGUUUCUCAGUUAGUAAGUAACAGCUGAUGUCAGAACACAGUGACAUCAGAGCUGUGGUUCUGCAUUCUUUCUGUUCAGAAGGAGGGGGACAAGAGAAGGGUGAAGGGAGGGAAGGAAGAGGGUGUACGAGGAAAAGGAAGAAGAGGAAACGAAGGAGGAGGAAAAAUGUUGCUUGUUGUGUUUAUUAUCCACCAUUCGCAAUGUUUAGCACAGUCAUACAUUACUGCUUUCAGUUUUAUAAUUAUUUCCUGAAAUUGAUAUUUUGCAUUUUCCCCAUUUUACAGUUGAGGAAACUGAGUCUCAAGGAAGCUAUAUUCCUUGUUACAGUUGCACAGCUAGAACUAGAGCUACUCCAAAGCCUACACAUAACUAAUUCCCAUGGUGUUCCUUAUUUUCCCAUAUUUUUUUAAUGGACAUUGCAAAAUUCACAUUAAAUUUUACUUUAUUUCUAUAAAAUAAGCAGAUUGGGAACACUAAAAAACAAACAAAACUCUGGCUCUGCUCCAUGCCAUGGUGGUAGUACAGACACUCUUUUGGCAGGAAGUAUUGAUAAGUUUCUGGACUAAAGCGAAAGUAGGGAAUUAAAGUUAACACCAAAAUUGAAACAAAGCCAUGUUUUGUGAAGCACACACUAAUAGCAGUCCCUUGGAUCAAAGGAUAUGAUCUCACUUCACAGUAAAACAGGUCUUGCAAGCUCAGGUAACUCAGGAAGCAGAAUGGUAAUUAUUCACAGAAGAAAGCAGGUAGUAUACUGUUACAUUACUACAGGGGAAAGUCAGAAGGUCACCAGGCUUGCAGGGUAACUGACACAGCUGAAACUGCUUGGCCCCUUUAAACAGAAGUAGUAAAAUGGGAGAGAAUGAAGCAAGUUUACCUAAUACGGCUUUGCAAGGUAAAAAGAUGGCCUAUCAGAAGGUCAAUGCAGAUCAAAGAGCUCCAGGACAUUCACAGUACUUAGACAAUGAUGACCUCCAAGCCACUGCACUUGACUUAGAGUGGGACAUGGAAAAGGAACUGGAGGAGCCUGGUUUUGACCAGUUCCAGCUAAAUAGUGCUGAGAAUCAGAACCUGGAAAAUUCAGAGACUGCGGACCUCAAUCUUGAUCCCAUUCAACCAGCAACUUCACCCAAAGGAAGGUUUCAGAGACUUCAAGAAGAAUCUGACUAUGUGACCCAUUAUACAAGAUCUGCACCAAAGAGCAACCCCUGCAACUUUUGCCGCCUUUUAAAAAUAUUUUGCAUGGCAAUCAUUUUAUUUAUUUCUGGAAUCUUGAUAGGCUAUUACUCACAUAAAAAUUGCCCUUCAAAUGCUACAUCUUCAGGAACACUUGAUCUUCAUUUAUACCAGGAGAUUCUCAAGACAAUCCAAGGAGAAGAUAUUAAGAAGUCUUUCAGAAAUUUGGUACAGCUGUACAAAAGUGAAGAUGACAUGGAAAUUUCAAAGAAGAUUAAGACUCAGUGGACUUCUUUGGGCUUAGAAGAUGUACAGCUUGUAAAUUACUCUGUGUUGCUGAACCUGCCAGGUCUUUCUCCCAGCUCUGUGACUCUGAGCAGCAGUGGCCAGUGCUUUCAUCCUAAUGGCCAGCCUUGCAGUGAAGAAGCCAGAAAAUGGAGCAGCCAAGACCUGCUAUAUUCAUACGCAGCCUAUUCUGCCAAUGGAAUUCUCGAGGCUGAAGUCAUUGAUGUGAGUUAUGGAAAUGCAGAUGACUUAAAGCGGAUUAAAAAAAUGAAAAAUGUCACAAAUCAGAUUGCACUCUUGAAAUUAGGAAAAUUGCCACUACUUUAUAAGCUUUCCUUAUUGGAAAAAACUGGAUUUGGAGGUGUUCUUCUAUAUAUUGAUCCUUGUGAUUUACCAAAGACUGCAAAUCUUAGCUAUAAUACCUUCAUGGUAUCACUGAAUCCAGGAGGAGACCCUUCUACACCCGGUUAUCCAAGUAUUGAUGGAAGCUUUAGACAACACCGAUCAAACCUCACCUCUCUACUAGUGCAGCCCAUCUCAGCAUCUCUUGUUGCAAAACUCAUCUCUUUGCCAAAGGAUAGAACCACAAAUGGUGCCUGCAGCCCUCUAGAACUUCCAAAUAAUGAGGAAAGAAUUGUGAACAUGAAAAUUCAAACAGUCACAAAAUUUGAAACAGUUACUAAUGUUGUUGGAUAUUUAAAGGGUGUGACCUUUCCAGACCGUUAUGUCAUAGUUGGCAGCCAUCAUCAUACCGCUCACAGUUAUGACAGACAAGAAUGGGCCAGCAGCACUGCCAUGAUCACAGCUUUUAUCCGGGCCUUGAUGUUAAGAGUUAAGAAAGGGUGGAGACCAGACCGUACCAUUGUUUUCUGCUCAUGGGGAGGAACAGCUUUUGGAAAUAUUGGCUCCUAUGAAUGGGGAGAGGAUUUCAGGAAGGUUCUGCAGAGAAAUGCUGUGGCUUACAUUAGUCUCCACAGGCCUAUAAGGGGUAACUCAAGUCUCCACUCUGUUGCUUCACCGUCUCUUCAGCAACUGGUAGCUGAGAAAAAUAAAUUCAAUUGUCCCAGAAGAGAUCAGUGCCCCAAAACCAAUAUCAGUUCUGAGCAGAUACAGGAUGAUGCUGAUUACUUCAUCAACCAUCUUGGAGUUCCCACCGUGAGGUUUACUUAUGAGGACAUCAAAACAUUAGAGGGUCCAAGUUUUCUCUCUGAGGCUCUUUUUCCUAAACAUGCAACAAAAAUUGAAGAAAUGGAUCCAUUUUUCAAUCUUCAUGAGACCAUUACCAAGCUCUCAGGAGAAGUGAUUUUGCAAAUUGCCAACGAACCAGUUCUGCCCUUUAAUGCUCUUGAUAUAGCUUUAGAAGUUCAAAACAGCCUUAAAGGUGAUCAAACCACCACCCCUCAACUGCUAGCCCUGGCCUCACGCCUGCGGGAGAGUGCUGAACUCUUUCAGUCAGAUGAGAUGCGUCCUGCUAAUGACCCCAAGGAAAGAGAUCCCACACGUGUGCGGAUGCUGAAUGACCUUCUCCAGGACAUGGAGAAGAGCUUCCUAGUGCAGCAUGCACCCCCAGGGUUUUACAGAAAUAUCCUGUAUCACCUUGAUGGGAAGACAAGCCAGUUUUCAAUACUCCUGGAGGCUUGGGAGCACUGCAAGUCACUUGCAUCAAAUGAGACCCUUCAAGAAGCCCUGUCAGAGGUGUUGAACAGCAUUAAUGCAGCUCAGGUUUACUUCAAAGCGGGACUUGAUGUGUUCGAGAGUGUCUUAGUUGGAAAGAACUGAGAAAACUCUCAGCAUUUUAAAAAGUUUGUUUACAAUUCCUCAAGCUAAAGCUCUAAUCUCACCAGAUUUUCUGACAUGGAAGACUUUUUCCCCUCAAUGGCUUUUUAUAUAAGUAUAAAACUAUUCUUCCUUUGUAUUUUUUGAUGUAUGUGUAAAAAGAGCAUUUUGCACAUUUAAUAUUUUUCUUAUAUCUAGAUUUCUGAUUAUGUAAGAGCAAGUUAUUGGGAAUAAUACUUAAGAUUUAUCUAUUAAAAAGAAAUCUGCUGUAUUUUUCUAUAUAUAUAUAUAUAUAUAUAUAUAAAAUAUUUGGGGAAAAAAUUUCCAAGAAGUUCUGGACAAUCUUUGUUCCUAUGGAUAAAACAUGUAGGAAUAGAAAUCAUUUCCCUAUGUUAGAGAUUUAAUGACCUACCUUCUGUAAUAGAAAUGGACAGUUGAUAUGGUUUCAGAUUAACUUUUACUAUCAAAUAUUCAAUAUGAACAACAAGUAUUCUGACUGAGUGAUUGGUUGAUGAAAACCACUUUGAAUGUGUCUAUUUUAUGAAAUGAAGUGCCUGUUAUAACACAACUAGAUGUAGUAAUACACUGGUUAUGAAAAUGUAUUUUUUUAAGUAUUAAUUUAAAAAAAAAAAAGAGCCAUAAACAUUCCAGGGGAAAAUCACAAGGUAGCUGCACAGAGCAAUUUAAUUGUAAAUUUUUUUCCUAACCACUUAUAAGGUGACUAGCUUUGAAACCCCUCAUUUGUAUCAGUUGAUUUUGUAAAAAUUUCAGGAGUGAUGUAUGUAUUAUGAGGGAGAAAAUAUGUAUUUCUUCCUGUGUUGUUUCUGUUGGAAGCACUGAAAUAGAGCUACUCUAAAAUGAAAGCAUCUCACUUUGCUCCUCAUUCAUGUAUCUUUUCUGGAACUCCUUGCUGAAAGGCAGUUUUCUCAGAAUACCAUAUAAUAUCCACAGGAAAGUAGCAAAGUUUCUCUUUGAAAACUCAAAAUAUCUUAAAAAGUAUCAAAUUGCUAUUUCUGCCACUAACAAAAAGGACUUCUGAUGAAUGAAAUAGUUGUUUUGAUCAACAAAAAAGCUCCUUAAUUCUAUGAAAAAACUUUUUUUUUCCUUCUCUAUCCUUACUUGUGAUUGAGAUGACAACACAUAAUAUAUUCAUGCUUCUACUUCUAGGCAGAAAAUACUGUAUUACUUUAAGAGUAUAUCUUUCCCAUGCUUCAGUUCUUCUCUCAUGUUGUAAAUGAAGCUUUUCACACUAAGGCCAAUGAAUGGCCUUAGUAUCCACUAUUCCCCUAACCACAGAAUUCCAUUAAGUGUUUAAACUCUGAGCCUACCUUUAGAAAUUGAUUUGGUAUUGGAUAAAGCAAUUUCUCUUAGGAAGCAUAUCUUCAGAAUAUUUUAUGUGGAUUAUUUUUCUCUAACACAACAUUCAAACACAUGUCCCUAUCACACACCUCCAGAGAAACUUCACAAAUAGUGCCCAUAAGUCUAAAUCUUUGCUGUGUAUGAAUGAAGAUACACCUAAUCUUAGUUUAAAGGAAAACUGAAGUUAAAGGGAAUUAGUCAGCAUUGAUUAACUGAUUUAUAAGGGUCAGCUGUUCUUACCAUCAGUAAUGUUUAUAUGCUUAAGGCAAAGAAGAGAAUUGAAGCAAUUAGCUAGAUAAUUCAAGCAGAAACUCAAUUUCAGUGAAUUGCUUGUGUGCACAUAUUUUACAUAAGAAAGGAAACUACCUUACAACAUAUAUUUCUAACCAAUGCACGUGUCUGUCUGAAAGUAUUUGCUAUGUUGAGAAGUGGCUACAGGAAGAGGCUAAAGAACCAAACUCCCACAUGCCUUGGUGUCAGUGCCCUCUCUCCUUCCACAGAAAAGAAGAGAAAAGAGGCAGGAGGAAUACACAUACGGAUUUGUGUCAGGUCAAAUAAUAGAAUCCCUAUACCAAAGGAUCAGAAAUAGUGAAUCAAGUUUCAGUGUGUUCAUUUUAAUUCUUCCUUUGGAGCUGGAUUUAAAACAGACAAAGACAAAUAGUUAUUGAUUUGGUAGUUUAUCAUUUUAGAACAAAAUCCUAAGUAAAUUCACUCCUUUAGACUCCAAUAGUGUUGAGAACAUGAAUAUUUGUGUUUGCACAUUUUUGUUGAAAGAUUGUGUAUUUAACUAACCCACACUGCAGAGAUCAAAGUCUCAAUAUUCUGUAAUUAUUAUUUCUAAAUCAUAUGAUAUUUGAUACUUAGAAACUGAAGUUAACUAUGAACUAACAUGUUUUUAUUAGCCUAUUUAAAAGAUGAUGUGAAGAAACUGAAUUAUAAUUGAAAAAGACAUCCACCAAUUCUAUAAAUGCUGCUCAUCUUUGACUGAAACGAACCUCUUAACCAGGAACAUUACUGCAAUAGUCUGAUUACCUCAGGAUUCCUUGAAAUUUAUAUCAUUUAAAAUUUUCCUUAAUGAUCCAAGUAAAUAAAAUCCUAUGCAAAUUAUUAACAAGUAUUUUCAAUGAACUGGUAGUUAGGUUAAAUCAUUGCUGAAAUAUCUGGGUGCCUGGUACUUCUCACCAACCUUCACACAUAGCAUUGUGCCAGUCCAUAAUGAAUCAUAAAUGAUUAUUCCCCCAAGAAAAGGUGGCAGAUGUGGACCACUGCAAUUUGGGUUCAGGCAGGGUACACCUGGAAUACCGCUCUUUGUGAAAAAGUACAGAUUCCAGAGUCAAAAGAAAGCCUAAGACAUUCUGAUUCAAGCCUGAGAAUAUUACCUUCGGUCAGGGAAAGCAUCAGCACCCCAUCAGAUACAGUAACUGCAGACAAAGUGGUCAAGGAAUUGGGAUAGAGUCACAGUUUCAGUAGCAGAAGGGCUGCUAAAAUUUAAGCUUGUUUGUUUUCUCAUAUAACAGAGUUCUAAAUGGUCUUUUCCAGUAUAUUCUAGGUAACUAGUCACUAUAUCAGAUGCUGGAUGGGCUGGAAGCACUGCUUUUCAAUUAGGGACUAGUUAAUUCUCUUAAUAUAUCUAACAAGUAGAACUGUCCCAGGGAGUUCAUGCAAAGGGCACAAGCCUGUGUACUUGUGGGGAGGUAGAGAGAGUCUCCACAUGAUACCAGUGCUCUGGAAGGAGGGUAUUAAGCAAAAUACUUUUAUAAGAGAGCAUUUUCCCCAAUAUUAAAUUGGCAGUUUAAAUCUGUAUUUCUCAAAAUGUGGUUUUUGGGGAAGGGAGCCUUGGAAUCUAUAUUUUUAGCAAGAUUUGCCAAAUGAUCCUUAUGCUUAAUGAUUUCUCAUCUACAUUAAUAAUCCUGGGUCCUCCUGAGAAAAUAUCAUGUGGCAACAUACUAAAAAUUUGAAGGGUCACAAUAAUAGGAGAUACCUCUAGCUUUGCUAAUAAUGGCAUUUUAAAUAAAGAGUGAGUAACCAUUGUAUUUCUCAAAAAAGGACCCAGAUGCAGCUAAGUCUGUGCCUGCUACAAGUCAGGUAUGUUUCUCAAUUUAAUGUGUUUUGUUUUUUUUUUUUUCUAAUUGACUCCUCAUGCCAACUUAUUUUAAAAGAUAGGGAAAUUUAGUUGAGUGACUGCACAAAUUUCCAUAGCUAAUAAAGAUGAUUGAUGUAUGUGUCUCUGCUGGGCCCCCUGGGGUCCAGACCUGUGUUAUUCAUGCUGGGUGCCACAGAAAGUUAAGAAUCAGUUACAGAAUGACAUUAUUGAAAUUUUUAAUAUAUUACUGCACAACUGAUCCGGAGAAGGCAAUGGCACCCUACUCCAGUACUCUUGCCUGGAAAAUCCCAUAGAUGGAGGAGCCUGGUGGGCUGCAAUCCAUGGGGUCGC